GUCAAGUUCUCUGUAAAGUUCACGUGCGUAAGAUCGCGAGUGCAUCCCCGCGUCCUUCGAUACGGAAGUCCGAUGUGAAAAUCGCAAUCGAAGGCAACGUGGAUCGAGAGGAGAAACACAGAUGUGCGUGACGCGCAGCUGCGUGGCUUCGGCGGGCUUUCGCACCUUCCGUUUGCCGCGCACGAUCCUUUGAGCCCGAUGCGUCUCGUCCCAACACCAGGACACGUGUCUAUCAAUCCAAUCGACGUCGAUUACCGUAUUCCGAGGGGUAAUUUCGGCCGUACGAACUGGUCGAGCGUGGCAUCUCGUCGGAGGGACGCCGAUCGUGGAGUCGCAUUCGGACGGCCGGAGAAAUCGGAGCCGACACGCGGAAAGGGAGGUAUUCAGGAGUCCAGGUCAAUAAUCACGCGACAAGAUGCCACAGACUAGUUUGCAGGAAAAAAAGUCGUUGCAAACUUAUUUGCAAGGAGGCAAGGCACAGUCUUUAAAACGUAAGAGACGUACAACAGGACUCUCAGAGGAUUCGGAAAACAUAUAUCCACCUGCUAAAGUAACGGCAUUGUCUCAUGUCUCGUAUACGGAAUCUUGUCAUAGUACACAUUCAGUAGAUACUGCAUGCACUCCUCAACAUCAGACAUCUCCAUUGAAAGAACAGCAAGAGCCAGCUACAUGGUCGGAAUUAAGAACUGCAACUUGUUUUUUAACACCAUCAGCCUCUAAUAGCACAUCUAUUAGACCUAGUCCAUUACCAUCUCUUCCAUGGGCCGAUGGCACUCAAGUAUGGUCUCUUAUGUGCCUUGGGGAUGAGAAAACUUUAAUUCAGAGAAAUCCAGAAAUGUUCCAAAGACAUCCAACAUUGCAGCCACGAAUGAGAGCAAUUUUAUUGGAUUGGUUGAUUGAAGUUUGCGAGGUGUAUAAACUACAUAGAGAAACUUAUUAUCUCGCCAUGGACUAUAUAGAUAGAUAUCUGUCUAUUCAUCACGAUUUACCCAAGAAUCAAUUGCAACUCAUAGGGAUAACUUGUCUUUUUAUUGCAUCUAAGGUUGAAGAAAUAUAUCCACCCAAAAUCGCGGAAUUUGCGUACGUUACGGAUGGAGCCUGUACAGAGGAAGAAAUUUUAGGAAAAGAGUUAGUGAUUUUAAAAGGUCUUGGGUGGAAUCUGUCCCCGAUAACUGCCCCAGGUUGGCUCAAUAUUUACAUGCAAAUUGAAUCAGGCGACUCGUCCAAACCAAACACUUUUAUAUAUCCACAAUAUGGUGGACUGCAAUAUUCUCAAGCGGCUCAACUGUUAGAUUUGGCAACUUUGGAUGAAGGUUGUUUAAAGUUUCCAUACAGUCAUAUAGCCGCAGCAGCAAUUUACCAUACUCAAGGAAGAGAGUGCGCAAUAAGAGUAUCCCGGCUCUCUUGGGAACAGCUUGCUCCCUGUGUCAAAUGGCUCACAGCAUUUGCCACUACUGUCGCAGAAGAGGAAUCCCAGUCUCUCUUAAGGUCUACAAUCACAACUAUAGAAUCACAUUCUGGAUCUGGACUGAAGGCCACUGUACCUAAUAUUGUUAUGGACGAAUCGCAUCGCAUACAGACUCAUGUAGUCGAUUUGAAUAUGUUGGAAAGGGCCCAGCAACGAUUGGCUGGAGGAAUUCUGAACGGCUACGCGAACGAUUCAGACACGAAUAUUGAAUCUGGUAGGCAAAGCCCGAACGAGAGUGGCCUUUUAACCCCACCAUCUAGUAAUCAAAAAAAUUCUCCACUGUCAUCAUGUCCUACACCACAGUUACAUCCUUAUACAUAACCAAGUAAUUGCAAGCAUUUUUUAUAUUACGUAUGGUAAAUUGUUAUAUUUACUAUAUUCGAUCGUCAAUUACUCAGCAGUUACAAUGAUUUAUAUAGGAAUUUUUGAACAGUGUACUUUGGAAAAAGCAACGUCACAUGCAUAUAUGAGGAAAUACUGAUAACAUUGGGCGUUGUGACACGUUAUUGUAUAUAAUACGAUGUUUUCUAAUUGCAUUCAUCGUUACAAUUAAACGAUUGAGUUUUAGUAAUAAGAUUCAGUAAAAGAUAUCAAGCAUUUUUUAAACGUGCACUACAUAGCACAAUCAGUUUAACAUCACUUAAUACAUACAAUUAAAAAAGUGGCUUCGUGUUUAUAAAUGUCUUAAAACAUUUAUGGACUUAAAAUAGGAGCCAUACACAUGGCUAUUUUCUGUGAUUAUAUCUACUGCACUGAAAUUUCACAUUUUAUAUUAACAUUAGAAUUAACUUAUGUUUAUUAUUUUACAAAUGUAAAUGUAAGAAUACCGAGAAAUGUUUGUGCCUGCAAAAAGUGCCCUUAAAUAAAUAUUUCUACCUGAUUUUAAGAGAGAAAGAGAGAGCGCAUUGUGAAUAGUAUUCUUUUAUACAACGUGCUUUAUUGUAAUGCAAUGUAUUACGGCAGCACUUUAUCGUGUCGGAUGCAUGUAUUUUUAUGUAUAUGUAUAUUAUGGAGAAUCUAUUAAAAAAAUCUUUAUUCUUCUCUCUUAAAUUGGAGUGAAUGACGAGAGAUGAACAAAAGGAUCGAGCGUAACGGUAAAACGAAAAAAAAA